GAGACGAUCAUGGGAGACAUGGAGGAAGGUGCAAAUGUUCAGCGACCACCUUUGUUGAGAGGACCAAACUACAACUUUUGGAAGGGACGUAUGAGAGCGUUUCUAAAAUCGCAGGGUGGUAGAGUGUGGAGAAUCAUAGAAACUGGAUGGACAGAACCAACGGAAACGAAUGCAGAAGGAGUAAAGAUAAUCAAAACUUUUGAAAAAUAUUCAAAGGAAGAAGCUCAAGCUGCUGAGUGCAAUGAUAGAGCAAUAAAUGCAUUAUUUGGAGCUGUUGACAGUUCACAGUAUCGACUCAUAUCAAACUGCACCGAGGCCAAGAAAGCCUGGGAGAUUCUUGAAACUACGCACGAAGGGGAUGAGCGUGUCAAGACAGCGAAGAUCCAGAUUCUCAUAACAAAAUACGAAAGUCUGCGCAUGGAUGAUAAAGAAAGAAUAGCUAAUUUUCAUGGAAGAGUAAGGGAACUUGCAAAUGAAGCUGAGAAUCUGAAGCGACCUUUUACGGAGGAUAGCCUAGUUCUGAAGGUAUUAAGAGCCUUACCAGAAGCCUAUGCAAUGGAUGCAAAAGCAAUUCGCCAGGCGCAUGAUAUCAAGAAUAUGACUCUAGAUCAACUAAUGGGGAAUCUGGAGACAAUAGAACUGCAAAUGAAUGAAGAGCUCAAGCGAAAGAAAAGUGACAAACCAAUUGCCUUUCACAGCCUGAUUAAUGAAGAUGAAAAUGAGGAUGAUAAGAGGCAAGCUUUCAUGACAACCUGGAGUGAUGAUGAUGAAGAAACUGAAGAUGUUACGGGAAACAGCAAUUGUGCCUUUGUCACCCAAUAUGAAGAAGAAGAUGUUGAAGAUACAACUGAACAACUCAUAGUGCUACAAGAAAAAUGGACAGAGCUUCUUCUUGUUCACAGGAGGAACAUCCUGGAGAAAAACCAACUGGCCGCACAUGUAGAUGACCUUCAAAAAAAACUGGACAAUGUCAAAAAGCAGCUAAACCGAACUGAAGGGGAAAAAUCUGACCUACAGUACGAACUCACCCAACUUAAAAACUAUCACAAGUGGAUGAAAAGUGCUGGGGCUGAGAAAAUCGAGGAAAUGGUGAGCACAUCAAGAUUAUACGGGGACAGAUCUGGAAUAGGGCACACAGCUUCAGAAGGCGUCAAGACACCACUGGACCUGUUUACUAAAGGAGCAAGGAUCACUAUCAAGGAACCAGACACAAAGGAGGGUUUUGAGAGCAAUCCAAGCAAGGCCAAGGAGAAAGUAGUUCAACCUUACAACAGCCAUGUAAGGAAGACUUAUUCCUUAAAUCCUUAUUUCAAUUAUUUUUGCUUCUACUGCAGGAAAAAGGGGCACAUUAAACGCCAAAGCUACAAACUAAGAAACUUAAAGAGAAGAAAGGCUGUUGCAAUAAGGCAUGUCAAAACCAUAAUGAAAUGGGUACCCAAACACAGAGCCUCGUGUGCAAACUUCUGCUAUCGAGUCACACCUGAUCAGUGGCUCCUAGACAGUGGGUGCUCUCAUCAUAUGACGGGAGACAAGCAGAACCUAACAAAUGUACAGCCCAUCGAAGGAGGGAAUGUCAGAUUUGGUGGAGGGGCACAUGGUCAAAUCAUUCGAAAUGGAACGUUGCAUGUGGCUGGACUACCACCAAUCAAGAAUGUGUGGCUGGUUCAAGGUCUGCAAGUGAAUCUUCUGAGCAUUAGUCAAAUUUGUGAUCAAGCAAGAGAAAGAGAUGCAAGGUUAUGGCACUACAAACUGGGACAUAUGAACUACACAGAUUUGAAAACAUUUUCAAGUUCAGGAGCAGUUCGGGGGCUGCCAAAAAUUACACAGGCUGAUGAUCAGCGAAUUGAACCUGCAAACAUGGUACGCACCAAGAUCGCUCUUCCACAACAAUGGAGGAAACCUCAAAGCACCAGGAGAAACGCAGUAGUACUCAAGAAGUUUGCGCUAGCAAGAGCGAAGCUACAACGCUCGAUUUCCAUAGCAGAGAGUAGUUGCAUGUCCACACCUCCCAAUAUUGGAAAAAGAUCUCAACACUCUUCCACCGUUGCUGAAAUACUGCUUGCAGAACAAGUCGAUGAAGCACCUCUCAACCCUAAUCUACCAGCUGUGCUCUAUCUGGAAUACCCUACCCAAGAGCAAGCCAACAAGGAAUCUCCAACUCCACAAGUAAUGGAGAAUACAAGUGAGAAGAACAAUUUAAAUCGACAAGAGGAGUCAGGAAAAACUAAAUCAGGUGAAGCAGGUAAGCCUGAUAAUGUUGAAGAUGAAGAGUUUCUGAAUCUAUUGGACGAGGAACCUCUAAUGGCUGUCUCAGAAGUGCCCUUCCACACACAAGCAAGCACAAUGAACACCCCACAGAAUUCGAAGUCAAAGUCCAAGCCAUCUGUCUCAAAUCCAGUCCGCUGGUCCAAACGAAAGCUAGAAUCUGAGAUUCGCACCCUAGAAGCAUCAUCAUCCCUCUCCAAAAGGAAUAUUGAUGUUGAUGAUUUUACCUUGAAAACUAAUCUCAUGUCUCUGUUGAAAGAUAGAAAGCUGUUGAAGUCUGUAACACUGCCUGGGUCCUAUGUUAAACAAGUGAUUCAUGAAUUUUACUGCAACUUAAAUGAGAACUUUGCUCAACCUACUGAUGAGAAUUUUGAACAAGUGUUUGUGCGAGGGAAGUACUAUGAUUUCUCUCCUGCUGCAGUUAAUACUUUCCUGGGUAUGACUGAUGAACUGGAUGUGCAAAUAGGAGAAGCUAGAAAUAGCCAACAAUCCACAAACAAAGUCCCUUCGUCCAUUCUCAACAGCUCUUACUCAAUUCUGUUGUGUGUUGUAGCAUGUCACUGGCUUGCAACCACUCAUACUAACACUGUCACCAAGGCCAUGGGAAUGCUCCUCUACAAGAUCAAAAAUGGUGUCCCAAUCAACCUGGGAAAGUUGAUUGUGUCUCAGAUUACUGAAUUUGGAAAACGAAACUACAAGCAAAAUGAUAAUGGACUGCCUUUUCCUGUUCUAAUCUUUCAGAUGCUUCUUUCUCAGGGAUUCGUCAAAGUUGCUGCUGACAAGGAGGAACCACCGGAGCCACUACUGCAGAUUGACUACAGGCAUUUUGAAGGAAACCAUUUCAAUGACAUGCAGUCCACUCAAAGCUCUGCUCCGCAAAGGGUGUCAGCUGGGAUACAAUAUCUUGAUGCCAAGCUUGAAGCAAAUAGGGAAGAGAUGAGGAUGACACUGGCCAAACAAUCAGCACUUGAGGAGGAAUACAAGCAUCUCACCUGGCUUAGAGAAGUUGUGACUGCCAGUGCUGCCAUAAAGGGGGAAUCUGCUCAGGGGGAGAGCUCUCAGGAAAAAGAGCACGAGGAUGAACUAUCAGCAUAAGUGUUUUUAUCUUCGUUAUUUAGUUGCAUCUCAGAACUUGACAUUAUUUUGGUGGGGUUGUUCUGCCCUG